AUGGCGGCGUACACGGUGUGCGUUGGGCGGCCAGCGUUGGCGUGGGCGGUGCUGUUGGUUCUGUGGUGUCCGGCCGGUCGGACGGACUGGGUCGAAAUUCCGCACCUGAAGCCGUCGGGUAGUGGUAGCACGCAUGACACAGGGUACAGUACACCGCCGCACCUGCUGUCGCAUCUGUCCGUCGCGCACGAACCGAGCACCUCCGUCCGGAGACGGUGGCGACCGGGGGGCCCGGAUCGGCCGCCUAUCAGCGAUCUGCUGGACUACGAGCCCGGCCCGGCAGUGCACACACACAACAACCCACAGUGGGAGCGUGGACCGACCAGUGUGGACCUCCACCUCGGCGACGACUACCGACGCGUGGCGAUGGUCAACGUGUCGAGUAAGGUGGAUUCGUGGGAACCGGACGACGACGUCGACGACGAGCAGGAGCCGGAAGAGAUCGAGGAUGAGGAGCAACAGGAAACGCAACUGCUACCCUUCGGCAAUCGCUACGAGGAGGAAUCGAUCGAAGCGUCUGCACCAUCCGAACCUGGUGUGUACACAGUCCAACGUCCCGAGGCCGGCACCGUCGAGCACUUUGACGACUUUGACGAUUACGACGAGCGAAAGCACGUACCGCCGGGUACGAUCAACGCAGCGGAGAGUGACGACUCCGACCAGGAAGAGCACGAGACGGGAACAGCGUCGCCGGUGGUACACCGGAAGCGCAAGCCGCUCGUCCCAGUGGCCGGGUUUGGUGGGUUCGUCGAAAUGCUUCGCCGCAUGCAGGCCAACUUUGUGCUUCGAACGGCGCACACCAUCGGCGACAAGAUCCGGACGCUGGCCGGCCUCCGGGAUCAGCUGCUCAGCAGCAUCGAGAAACGUAUAGCCGCUCUCUGGGCAGCUCCGGCGGGCCACGGACGGCGGCGGGUGAAGCGCGGCUGGAUGGACCCGCACGGAGGGGACCCGCACGCGAUGGACUUCCCCUCGGCCGAGGGCGCCCUGUUGACCAUCUCCUUCCUCACCUUCGCCGUGUUUCUCAUCAAGCUCGUGUUGCAGGUCAUCAACACGAUCAAGGCGAAGCACUACACGUACAGCACGUUCACGGCGGCAACGCCCGUCUCCGGGGGGGUGCUGGUGAAGCGGACGCGUCGCCAAACACCACCAGUCGGAGAGUCCGCCAUCGACGACCGCCACCUUCCGGCGGUUCUGAGCGCGAUCAACAGCUACAAAUUUACGUGA